UAUAAUGGACUUUUUAACCUUCCCCCAAAAUUUACAAUCUCUCUGCGUACAAUCACCCUGGCCUAUAACACCACCGUAUCACCAUCAGCCCACCACCACCUCCAUUAAUAUUUAGACGUAACGUUGGAUAAGAAAGAUCGAUCUUGACCGACGCCUGUGAAAGGAACAAGUGUUGAAAUCCCAGAAUGUCUUCUUCAUCUUCACCCUACAACCUGCGCCGCUGCCAUUGUUAAAGCUCCGACCAUCGCCGCCCAAAAUUGUCAAGGUUUUUGCGAAGUUGCUGCAACCUCCUAUUGACGAGGCCGAGGCUAUAGUACAGAUGCGAUUUCCCGUAGCUCGUUUAGUCACCUGUGAUUAGCAUGGUUCUCAGGCUAGGAUGGGAUCUUUUCUAAAAAAUUUGCUAUAUCACAGAGGCUUGGUAUAAGAGGUUCUGCUUGAGUAUUAAAGUUAUAAAUUUAGGUGACUUUUAUGCAUCUCUCGAAAGAUCAGUAACACAAUGGAUCUCGAUCCCUUUAGACUUGACAUUGAUGAGCUAAUUAAUGAGUUUGCAGAGGGUGAAAUGACUUCAUUGGCUGAUAUGAAGAGGAUAUGGCUUUUCAAAAAGUUCUCAUGUAUCUAUGCAGCUAAGCCCAGCACAAAAUUGGGGUUUUUUAUGCAAUCUUUGUAUGCCCAUUCCAUAGGUUAUAUGACGUCUACUACGUCUCUGUCACACAGGCUGGGUGGUCUUUAUUGCCUUUACUGCCUACAUGAAACGCAACCAUUUAAGCCCCCCUUCAGAAUUUAUAUAUGCACACGUGAAAUGAAGAGGCUCAAGGAGCUGAUUACUGACGCAAAGAAAGAGAAUAUAGGAGUUGUUGCACCAUUAGUCAAUAGUAUGCUAGAUAGGAACUUGUUCCUUUUUGGGGCUUUUGACUUGAAAGAAGGAUCCACAGAAGAGAGAGUUAAGGAACUAACCGAAAUGCAGAAUGCCCGUAUUCAACAUGCAAAUAAAAAGUUAUUUGCAGACACACAGAUUAAACGUUACAUCCACAUGGACAUGGGAAAAGAAGUUGAUCUUGAUUCCCUCACAAAGAUGUCAAGAGAUUAUUACAUUGCGAAAGAGCUAGCCAUUAAAGAAGCUGAAAAGUUGGUAAACACACAAGACAUAAAGCACAUUGCAGAAAACCAGACGCUGAUUGGAGAUAUAAUAGGGAAAACAACUGAAGACUGGAACAUUCAGAAAGAAACAUUCUAUCAGAAAACGGGGCUCAACCAGGGCCUCAAUCAACAGCAACUGACUGAAAACCUAAACUUUGAGAAACAAAAUGGCAAUGGAAACUUGGACGCAGCCGAGUUCAACGCGAAUAUAGAAAUGGAAGAUGCACAUGCAGGAAAUGAUGAUGACUUUUGUGAUGUACCAUUGAACAUAGAAACGGAAGAUGCAGAUGCAGGUGCAGGAAAUGAUGACAACUUUUGUGAUGAACUAGAGAAGCAGCUGUCAUCUUGGAACGGCAACGGAAACUUGGACGCAACCGAGUUCAAUGAGAAUAUAGAAAUGGAAGAUGCGCAUACAGGAAAUGAUAACUUUUGUGAUGUACCAUUGAACAUAGAAACGGGAGAUGCAGAUGCAGGAAAUGAUGACAACUUCUGUAAUGAACUAGAGCAGCAACUGCUAUUUUGGACAGAAUCCUAGCUGUAUAAUAUGCAUUAACAUACAAGUUCGGGUGAUGGAUGUUUAGUCUUGUCA